AUGAUCUCCCCCCCAUUUGCACGCCCCGGCACUGCGGCUUCGGCGGURAAAGCACUGAAGGUAUUCUCCACCCCUGGGCUUUUGGAGGGGAUUCUACUCUCGGGUGUGAGCACCCAGACUAUCCUCGAUACCAUGCGCGUAAAGCGUGAUUGGAAAGAUACGAUUCUUGCAUCCGGUAAGUUGAAGAGAUAUCUUGGGUUGGGAGUGGGACUUGCUGGGUCAUUCUAUUACUCCCCAUGGUCAAACGCGGACGCGCCGUUGCAAUUUAACCAUCAGCUUGCGAGAGAAUGUGACAAAGUCUUUCGCUUCGUCUUACCGGGAGGGGGAUUGAUGAGAGAGAGUUUUCCUUGCUAUAACCCUGAGCACACACACACCCACCAGGACCUCAUCACCAAUGACAAUCCCGACGCUCGAUAUUUCUACCACAGCGCCAUGGACCUGACUACUCGCGACAAAACCGUCUUCAUCAACAUCUACUUCACGCCUGAAGAUUCUCUGGAUUUCGGCUCUCGAAUUCAAUCCAUGGCCAUCAGCAGUCCAGCUCCGCGAAGUAUGAAGGUGAGGAUGUGGUGUGAGAGGUGUUCGAAAAUCUCACCCGAAGCUCCAGAUGUGCGCGUAUUGACACGCAAUCUUGGGGUCACGAUUGGAAUGCUCGCCAGUACAGCGAAGGAGCUACGAGAGGAGUAUCCCAAAUGUCAGAGGUGUCCUUUCGGGCCGCCCAUGGUGUGGUUCAGUGGUGAGGUGCCGAUGCAAGUCCCGGAUCCGUUGCGGGAGCCACAGGACCAGGAGGGUCAGUGGAAGUGGAGUGUGAGUAAUUGGGGCGACCGGUAUGAGCGAGCGGAGAAGAUGACGGCGGAGGGUAGAGCGCGUCUCUUGGCGAGGCCGUGGGUCAACGACUGGGAUGGACUUGAUCAGCAACAGACUCCAGCCCGCAUUUGA